AAAAUGAUAUUAAUAAUUGAAUCACUUUAAAAAAUAAUUACUUAUCUGUUAAAACUUAGUUGAAAAAAAAGUAUAAAUAAUGGCAGCGAAUGCUUCAAUUUGUAGUUUAUUUAUUGUGAUUGCUUUUCUUGGAUUUAAUUUAAUCUCAGCUGUAAAAGUUGGUGACACCGAGAGUGGUAAAUGUUCUUGGUAUGCUGGACCUGGUACAACUGCCAAUGGUGAAUGGUUUGAUGGAUCCACCAUGACAGCUGCCCAUAAAACAUUGCCAUUUAAUACAAUGGUACGAACCAGUUUCAAAGGAAGAAGUGUAACACUUAGAAUUAAUGAUCGUGGUCCAUUUGUUGCUGGAAGAAUUCUUGAUGUUUCAAGACGAGCAGCAGAGAUGAUGGGCACUAUUGAUACAGGCGUUUGGGAUUGUACUCUCACUAUUGUUUCAUUACCAAAAUAAGUUAAAUUUAUAUAAAAAAAAUUAAACAA